AUGGUCUGCUCUAUAUCUAUCAAGACUGCUGUAUUGCUGGUGGGCAUGGUGGUGCUUGUGUUUGCUGGACUGAGCAUGCAGAAAGAACUAGAACAAAUGAAAGACAGAGGAGCCAAAAAUGUUGCCACUGUGCAAAUCAAGGCAGCUCAAGGCACCAUUCAUGAUCACAGCUUGAAACAAAAAAAUGGCAAUGACAUGAAAAAUGACUUGAAUGAAGACGAAGAAUUUCCACCUGAUCAAGCCUUUCAAGUUGAAGAUGAUGAAGAAGCCACUGAAAUUGACAAUCAGAUGGAAGCCCAGAAAACCAAACCCCCAAAAAUAUUGGACCCAGCCACGUUGAACAUUAACGAUUUCCGGCUGUGCCGCAUCACCCCCACUCCACAGCUGGGUAAAGAGACUGUACAAAUGCGAGGCCUGGCAUUGGACAUGACUUACCAAUGUGGGGGAAAUCUGUACAAUCGAUUUGCCGAUUUAUUGGAGCAUGUCAUUUUAGAAAAGGCAGCCGAAGGAUUCAUGUGGGGAAAACGAAACACCAUUCUGCCCAAUCCAAAAAAUACUCCAGAAAAAAGUAAAAAACAACGCGCUGUUUUGAUCAUGGGUAAUUCACAUACCCGACAACUCGCCACUGCUUUGCUCUGUCAGCACAAGCAACAGAUUACCAAAGUCACAUCCCUCUAUGCCAUGCCACAACAUCCAAUCAAUGGAGUCUUGCAAAUCGAAAUGAAGCACAAUACCAUCAUUUAUGUCGCUGUCAACUGCCCCUUUGUAUACUCACAUGACUGGGACAAAACUCUGGAAGAAACCAUUCUCAAGCGACCACUAGCCAGCCUAGAUGCCAUUGUCAUGGGAAAGUUCAAUACCUUCUCAGAGUCCACAGGCACCAGUUUCUACAAAAUGAUGAUGGACUAUCAAAAACAGUUUCCAAACAUACCCAUGGAUUUUCAACACAUUCCAGGACCCACGGUACAGCAAGUCGCAAAAAAAUACAAGGGAAAUCUCAUUUACGUAAGCAUGUUUAGCAAGUACGGGGUCUCCGAUUACCUACAAACAAAAGAAGAAAUGAAUCAAUUGCAGAAAACCAAACAACGCAAUAAUAUCAAGUACAUUCACGGCCGACGAUACAUUAAAGAGGUCGAAACAAUCCAGGGACAAACCGCGCUCUACAAUACACGAUUCCCACCUUUGCACGAGUGUGCGACCGAUACUCGACACGUGGUAGGGACCUGUGUCACCAAUGUCACCAGUUUUCGAUUUGCCAACGGACAUCGAUGUAUGGGAAAUCGGGGUGGAUAUCCCGAUCUCGUCGCAUGGGAUGUCGUCACGGCUCUACACAAAAUGUUGUCCAGUAGUACAACUACUGAUGACGAAGAGACAGAGACGCCAAUUCAAUAAUAGAGACAUGUGUGUGUGUGGUGAUGCCUGGUAGUAUAGUAGAGCAACAGCUAUAGGGUAUAGUAGGAAAUUUUAAAAAGUAUUUGGAGCUUUUGGAGGC